CAAGUUAAAAUGCUCCUCAAUCAUUGUAAAAGAUUUAUUAGGCAGUAGAAAAGAAAACUAUGAGUAGCCUAGUUAGUUUUAUACUAGUUAUGUUGACAUUUUCCCUAGUCCCAUACACUAGUCACCAAUAUGCAUGCAACAAGAAUGAAAUUGAUGUAACAAGAUUGUCUUUUUGUAAUAAAUCGUUACCUUAUCCUGUUCGUGCUAAGGAUUUAGUUUCUCGCCUUACCUUAAGGGAAAAGGCAGAACAACUAGCGAGCUAUGCUAAGGGGAUCCCUAGGCUAGGGGUGCCACCUUACCAGUGGUGGUCUGAGGCUCUCCAUGGAGUUUCUGAAGGACCUUUUGUGCACUUCAAUGGAACUAUACCUGGUGCAACAAGCUUCCCAGCAGUUAUAUUAUCUGCUGCAACCUUUAAUGCAUCAUUGUGGUACAUGAUGGGCCAAGUUGUAUCAACUGAGGCCCGUGCCAUGUACAAUGUGGGUCUUUCUGGGCUCACAUAUUGGAGCCCAAAUGUAAAUGUGUAUAGAGAUCCAAGGUGGGGUAGAGGGCAAGAGACCCCUGGAGAAGACCCUUUGGUUGUCAGCAAAUAUGCUGUCAAUUACGUCAGAGGUCUACAGGAGGUCGGUAUCCAUGGUAACGGAAACAUGCUCAAGGUUUCUGCUUGUUGUAAGCAUUUUACUGCUUAUGAUGUUGAUAAUUGGAAAGAUGUUCAACGUUUUACCUUUGAUGCAAAGGUUAGUAAACAGGACUUGGAGGAUACGUAUCAGCCCCCGUUCAAGAGUUGUGUCCAAGAGGGGCAUGUUAGUGGUGUGAUGUGCUCAUUCAACCGAGUUAACGGAAUUCCAAGUUGUGCUGAUCCCAAUCUUCUAAAAGGAACUGUCAGAGAGCAAUGGGGUUUAGAUGGUUAUAUUGUCACUGAUUAUGAUGCUAUCAACGUUUUCUACAUGGGUAACUAUACUACAACACCAGAGGAUGCAGUAGCCCUUGCAUUGAAGGCAGGAGUUAACCUGAAUAGUGGAGAUUAUCUACUUAAGUACACGGUGAAUGCUGUCCAACAGAAAAAGGUGGAGGAAUCAGUUGUAGACCAGGCAUUGAUAUACAACUACAUAGUGCUAAUGAGACUCGGGUUCUUUGAUGGAGACCCCAAAAAACACCCCUUUGGCAAACUAAGGCCGUCUGACGUAUGUACAAAAGAUCACAAAAAGUUAGCCCUUGAUACUGCAAAACAGGGGAUAGUGUUGCUAGAAAACAAAGGACCAACUCUUCCACUCUCCUCAAAAUAUGUCAAAAAUCUUGCCAUUAUUGGUCCGAAUGGUAACGCCACCAGAACCAUGCUAAGCAACUAUCCUAGUGUACCAUGUAGAUAUACUAGUCCUCUACAAGGGUUUCAAAAAUAUGUGAAAAGAGUGUUCUAUCAACCAGGAUGCCAAAAUGUCAAGUGUGUAGAUAAAAGGAAUAUCGAGGCAGCAGCUAAGCUGGCAGCCACUGCUGAUGUUGUGGUGUUGGUAGUGGGACUCGAUCAGUCAAUUGAAGACGAGGGACUAGACAGAGUGAACUUGACAUUGCCUGGUUACCAGAAUAUGCUGGUAGAGAAGGUCACUAGUUCAGCCAAAGGGAAAGUUAUUCUUGUGAUUAUGUCAGCUGGUCCAGUUGAUGUGUUAUUUGCAACUCAAUUGACAAAGCUUCGUGCCAUUUUAUGGGUCGGUUACCCUGGACAAGACGGAGGUGAAGCCAUUGCUCAAGUAGUAUUUGGAGACCACAAUCCAAGUGGAAGGGCACCUGUGACAUGGUACCGAAAAGAGUACGUAGAUGAAAUACCAAUGACAGACAUGAAUAUGAGGGAGGACAAAUCCAGAGGAGUUCCUGGUAGGACAUACAGAUUUUACACUGGGAAACCUCUAUAUGAGUUCGGGCAUGGACUCAGCUAUUCUACAUUCGUUAAAGUUUUAAUACAUGUGCCCUCCACAGUAACUAUCAAGAAAUCAGUAAAUAAAAAACUCAACCAAAUUCUGUUUCUUACAAGAGAUAAUCAAACUGAUAAUAAGAACAUUGAUGUAUCAGAAGUAAUAAACUGCAACAAGUUAGAGUUUAUAGUUGAAAUAGGGGUGAAAAAUGAAGGGAAUAUGGAUGGAGGGCAUGUGGUGCUGGUGUUUUGGAAGCCACCUAAGUGGAAUGGGAUUGAGGGAGCGCCUAAUAUACAGCUCGUAGGAUUUGAACGAGUGGAAGUCAAGGCAAGGAAUACAGAAUUGGCUGUAAUUAAACUAAAUGUGUGUGAAGCAUUCAGCUUAGUUGAUGAUCAAGGUGAUAGGAAAUUGGUGACUGGCUGGCAUGAACUAGUGAUAGGCUCUCCAACUGAGAAACAAGUUAGUCAUAAGUUUAUUGUUCGCUCUGGUGGUACCAUUCAAGAUCACUGAUAUGAAAGAUGUUCUGCUACCACAAGUUGACAAGUUGACAAGUACAAGUUGAUGUUUUUGGUAUUGCAAUUCUAGUAACUCUCUUGAACCUCUCUUCAAGGGUUCAUGGUUUGAUAUGUGUUGUAAUACUGGGGUUUGGUCGACUUAUUUCGACACUACAUACCUACAAUGUUAUAGUAGGGAAGUGAUGUGGUCUUUGUUACUUAUUCUAUCUAGGCCUGUGGAAAGCUUAAGGUUAGCACUCAAUUAUGUAGGAUAGUUGGGAGUCCUACAAACGUUUAAAUCUUUGAUAUCUUCUUAUUGAGAUAAGAUUGACAACAUGAAUUCACAGAAUUUCGGUUUUUACAUUCCUAAAUAAUACUUCAAUUUACUUGCAAUAA